AUCCCAUGCAUUCAAAUUCAAAUGCAAGCGCAAGAGAGAUACGGUAGCGAAAGCGUUCGAGCACAGCCUGGUGUCGGGGUACCUAGCCUUAGCGAAAAUGCUAUGCGCAUAGGUAUUCCGUUUUUCGGGUAAGAGGGCUGCUGCGAGAAAGUGUGGUCCGAGACUGUCGUCAUUUCUUCGGUUUAUCUGGUGCUUCCGUCUAUCAGGUGUUUUGGUGCGGCCUGGUGGGGCGCUGGUCUUCCUGUACAAUUCAUGGGGUCCGUGCCGCUUCCGCCAGCGGAGGUCCGCGUCGAUAUCCGGGAGGACAAUAAUGGCGGUGCCAUGCCUCCCCACGCAGGCCCCAGCGCACAAGAGAGGGGGGAGCGCGAUGGUAAUGCAGGGCUGGGGCAGCCGGCAGAGGAUUGGGGUGCCGGCGGGGCCGCUGGAUGUGGGCCAGCACGGACGGGGUCGGGGGUGGUGCUGGAUGUGAACGAUCUAAAGGCACGGGCGGAGACGGGGCAGCAGUCGCUGCCAGCAGCGGGGGGCGAGGCUAAGGUGGACAAGCGGGGUAGUCCUCCCCGAUUACGUACCCAAACCAGUAUGCCCAAACCCCCGCGCCCCAUCUUAAAGAGCCGAAAUGAACCCGACUUUAGAAAGGUGUCCCUGGACUCGAGCGCCGCCCCUCCUACAAGGAUCUGGCGUGCAGGCAGCCUGCCCAGCGUGGCCAUUGAGAUGUCGCUGCAGGAUGCACAAGAAGAGGGCGCCCGGCGGGAGGCCAUCCCUUCGAUCAGCCGCCUCGUGCAUGCCGCCAGCUGGGAUGUCGGCACCCAGCUCCCGGCUACCAGCGACACCGCCCCAUCCGCGGCAGCAGCAAAAGGCGUUAACAGCACCCUGGAGGGGGCUGUGCCUGUGCUCCCUCUGGAGGACGAGAGCAUGCGCUCCUCUCUGCUGGGCGGUGCCCCAGCGCCGGGCGGUCCCGGGGAGGCGCCACGGCGGUCGUUGACGCGGCAGGUCAGCUUCUCUCCUGCGGUGGGUGCGGGCAACCCCGACGCGGCUGCGCUGUGGACAACCAUGCCGUCGCUGCGGCGCUCGCUGAGCCGCGCCCUGUCCUGGGGGCGCGACCGCAUGAACAGCGGCUGGUCCUCCUACAGCAACGUCGAGUUCUGCAGGAUCUGUCACACUGUGGGGACUGAGGAGCCGGUGAUCGACAUCGGCUGUGACUGCCGUGACGGCCUCAACCUGGCGCACCAGACGUGCAUCAUGCAGUGGUUCACCAGCCGGGGCAGCAACGAGUGUGAGAUCUGCAAGUCGGAGGCCAAGAACAUCCCAGCGCCACCCCCACUCCCCCCUCGCCCGGUUCGGCCCCGCAGCGCUUCCGUGAGCGGCCCCCCACCCCCGACCACCAGAGCGGCCGUCGUUGGCCGCUUGGGGCAGCUGCUCAUGUGGAUGGCCGUCGGCGCCAUGCUGCUGGCCUCGCUGCUGGUCAUCGUAAUCUCGGGGCGGCGCUCAAGGAACUAGCCGCUUUGUAGCGCAAGCGUCUAGGUCCAGGCUAGGGCUAGCGGGCAGGGCUUAGGCAGCCAGCAAAGCAUGCUGGCGUGUCCACCCAUGCUGGUAUUUAUGUUGUUAAAGUUGAUGUGGGUUAGACAGCGCUCUAGAUUCGGAAAGACCUUCGUAUCUUUAAGGACGACGGAUUCGGGUAUUAUUGGAUUAAGUGGAUUUGUGGUGAUUUAUGCGUUGGACAUUGGCUUUCGUGUCUGUGGCCUGCGCUGUCUGACGUUUUUCCCCCUGUUCCAUCCAUGAUUUACUACUCUGCUGCCAUCCGGAACCCGUGCUGUGCCCACUGCCUGCCGCGAUAGGUGGAGCCCAGUCUCCCCCCUGCGCAAGUCCUGCCUGCCAGCUGGGGUCCACCCCUGCUUCUCUCGUUUGAAAUGCCCGCCCCUCGUCUGGCUGCUCCUGCUGCCAUUGGUGGGCCGUCCUCGCGUGCUCGUCCGCCCUAUUCCGCCUGUCCCCCUG